AUGAGCUCCCUGGAAAAGCGCCACACAGGCCAGCGGGGAAGCAUGCAGGGCCACCACAAAUUCUCAGAUGGCUUCAGUGACACAUCCAGCAGCGGCAGCUUUAUGGAUGACACGGACAGGGAGGUGAGCAACCUCACCGAUCGUGCCUUCAGGAGCCUGUGCAUUGGAGAGGAGGCCAUUUACAAUGACUCGGAAUUCCCCUCGUCUCCGACCGAACGACAUGAUGCUUUUGUGGAGGAAACCCAGCAAAAGAUAGUCUCCCAGGAGACAUUUUCAUACAGAAUUCAGGAUUCAGGGGAGCCAGAAGAACAGUCCAAGAUGGCCUCAACAUUCCAGCAUUCUUACACCGAUGUAACCCAUCAGGAACAGGCUUUUAUGGAGGGAGGCUUGUCUUAUAUGAACAAUGGCUCCAAGGAGGUGACGUGGCAGCAGAGCAGGAGCGCAUCCAGAGUGUCGUCUCUAAUCAAAGCCUUUAGUUCAGGGGAGUGUUACCAUGAGAGUGGGACAUGUGACGUUAAUCUGGCAAGGGAUAGCUAUAGAGACUUUGGCAGUGAAUCAUGGGACAGAUCAGCUCUGCUAACCAUCCAGAGAGAACUCUCUCAGUUCUCAGGACAUCAUCACAAUAUUAAGUCAGGCCCCUUUCAGUCUUACAGAAACCAUUUUUACACAUCCGACGUGGCUGCUGCGGUGGCAAAAAUGGACACAAAAGUCCUGAUGAAUUCUUCAAAAAGAAAGAUCAAAGAAUUGAACUCCACAAACUGUUUUUUCCAUAGCGAAUUCAGUCCCUUCCAGCUAUGGGAAGAGUACAACAGGUUCCCCUUUGAAAGUACGAAUGUGUCAGGGUUUAUGUCACCUAGUGAAUUCCCAAGGUGGUACGAUUCUCCCAUGUACAAAGAGCUGAAAGACAACAAUAGAAUUCCUAACUCUCCGUGCGAAAGUCGACUCUUCAAUCAGAGACACAUUCAGGACGUUGUGGUCAGUCAACGUUCCAGGUCCACGGUCGUCCAGAAAGCCUCAGCGAUUGAGAAGAGGUGUGAAUCUGAGAUGGCUUCCAACUAUCCACCUUGGAAGAAAAACAAUAACUUUGUAAGGAACAAACUUCCAGGCAACCGACCUUCCACAGUCUCACCUUCUAAUGAGAGAACAUGCAGGCCGGAUUCGAAUUUGUUUAGCAGCAACAAAGUUACGCACGAGUUAGUGGUCGAGAGCACGGUGCCUAGCAGUGUGACGCCAUUCAACAUCACUCAGCUCCUCACACCGGUUAUUCACACAAGACAAGAAACAGAGACGUCUGAGAUACUGCAGUUUGCACACACUCCUUCUGUUUCUGAUUAUUCCUCUCAGGGUGAAACUGACCCUAAACUUCAGACUGAUUUCAAACAUCUGCGUGACAGCUACAAAUCCAAAGCUUCAGGUUUGCUAUUUAACCUCAAAGACAACCGAAAAAGAGUCAAGAGUACAUACAGUCCAACUAGAUUCAAAGGGCAAGAAAUAACAGAUCGACAUAAGCAGACCUCUAGGCUGGAGGGCCGUGAAUCCAGAUUUUCGGAUAUUCUUGUAUCCCAAGAAACGGCUCAGGAGAAUUUUAUUGGAACGGAUUCACGGGCCUCAUGUAACCUAAUCCGAGAGCCCAGUGCAGCCCCCAUCACCCCUAAAGAUUAUACAGAUGGCUUUGGAUCAUAUGAUAAUUUGACAUUAAUGUUACCUCAAAUUCAGGAUGGAGUCGCUAAUUACAAAUCGUUCCGUGGAAGUUCAGAAGGUCAUCCUCACAGCAGAGAUCCGCUGGCUAACACAGAGCUCUCAACACACAAUCUUUCAGCACAAAGUAAAAGCUCUCUGACUUCAGAAGGUCAAUUAAAAGAUCUCAACGGUACUUUUAGUCCUGCUAGGCCAGAAAUAGCAAAUAUGCUUCCAAAGGCUUACCCACCGACACAUUCUCUGCCUGUUCAGACAUCAGAGAGAUACGGUCAGAGUGAUAACAUGAGUGAAAAUGAUCUAAAACAAAGAAAGGACUUUGGAAGAAAACCAUGUAUUGAAUAUAGCCAAAAUGAGGCCAUUAAAGAAAGAUGUUCUUGGGACCACAUUGGUUCUGUCAAGGAAACAAAUGGAAGAUCGGAAUCACGGCCAUUCGGAGGAGAAAUAGCAGCUCUGAUUGAGAUGGACAAACAGAGGAAGGCAACCGCCAAGCAAUACUCUGCCAAUGACAGUUAUUCUGUCCGAAAGGAAACGUAUAUGCAAAAAGUCAAUGAAGACAUAAAACUCGGUCGACUUGCAAAGGAGGAAGAGACAAUAUCACCCAGGAAAACACCUUACAGUGAUAAAUCUGUACAUGACAAACAAUUAAACACAUUUCCAAAGCCUACUGAAUCAUAUGGAAUAUCAAGAAACAUUCUCCAGAAUAAAACAUCCCCUCUAAAGGAAGUCUAUUGUGGUUUACAAAGCUUCAAUGUCAACAAUGAUCUUGAGCCAAUGGCAUCUUCUAACAGCAUGGCAACGCAAAAUACAUUUGAUCAGAGUGCACCUUUACAAGACCAUAAAGGUCAAAAGAAUGAAGGAUUGUACUCACAUCAGCCAUAUAAGUAUGAGCCUAACAAACAGUGGCACAUUGCAUCGACAAGUGAAGAUAGGCACACUAAGGAAAGUGUAGCAUGGACACUAAAACAACCAGAGAUGAUGGAACAAACUGUUGCACGGAGUUAUAAAAUGUCCAAUACAUCAUCAAGUACCCAACACAUAAACCAUAAUGAGUUUUCCAACAACAACAACGGUGCAUGGAAUCCUACAGUCGUACCAAUUGACACCUCAGAUAAAAAUAAUACAACUAAACAAGAAAACAGGUUCAGCAUCAAUGAUAUUCUUGCCAUUAGAGAUAAUGAGCAAGCAAGGAGAGUAAAGGAUAAUACAUUUGUUUUGGCUAAAUCAGAACACUCACAAAAUCAAAUUAAAUAUGACACAGCUGAUAAACUAACCAUUUCAGAGCCUGUAAAAGAGCAAGAACAACAAGGCUACAAAGUGCAGGAUGUCACAAGUCCAUCACCUGGCUAUAUAAGAAAGGAUUUCCACAAUACAAAUGAAACAAAUAUUAACAAUGACAGAAAAGACAGAAUAAUGAUUAAAGAUCCUGACAAGGUCACAACAAAAGUGUUUUCUUACAAGGAAAGAGGCCAAAGCAAACAAGAAAUACUGACGUCGAAAUUGAAAGCACAUGCUCAAAAGGAAAUAUCUGCCAUUAAAGAAAAGGGACUUGCCAAACAAGGCAUUCUUGCAAGAAAUACAACAAAAACAAGCAUGAAUAUCAAUAGCGAUGGUCAAGAAGGUCACUCUGUUAAGAAGGAAAUCACAGCAGACAAGCUGAAUCACUUGUUUCAAGAUAUCACUUAUUCCAGUGUUACCCAGAACAAAGAACAAUUUAAAACACACAAUGAUCAUCCCAAGAAUGGAUCUCCGCCAUCAUUGGAAAAACAAACAUCUUAUCAUUUUGAAGAUAAUCAGAAAGCAGUAUUGGAAAAGAAGGGCGAGAACGUAAAACAUAAACAUUUGGCUAUAGAAAGGCAGAAUGACAAACAUCCAGCAGAUGAUAAAGAGAUGAAGGAAGAAAUGUUUACUCCAGACAGAGUGGCAGAUAUAAAAAAUGAUGUCCAGAAAAACUACCAGCCAUCCCCAAUCAACAAGGAAUCUGAAAAGCAGAGACAUGAAAUGUCACCAAGUGAGUUGAUGUCCAGUCAUUUGACAGCAGCAGUCAAGAAAGAAAAGUCCACUCCCCAUAAUCCACCAUUAAUCCUUAAUGAAAAACAAACAAUUCAGCAUGAUCAGAAAGAAAAUCUGUAUGGACGUCAGGAUACUUGUUCUGAAAAAGCUAUGACUAAACCUGCUGAUCAAACCAAAAAAGACUUACCAGAUAUCACUUAUUCCAGUGUUACCCAGAAAAAAGAACAAAUUAAAACACACAACGAUCAUCCCAAGAAUGUAUCUCCGCCAUCGAUGGAAAAACAUCCAUCUUAUCAUUUUGAAGAUAGUCAGAAAGCAGUAUUGGAAAAGAAGAGCGAGAACGUAAAACUGAGACAUUUGGCUUUAGAAAGGCAGAAUGACAAACAUCCAGCAGAUGAUAAAGAGAUGAAGAAAGAAACGUUUACUCCAGAAAGAGCAGAAAAUAUAAAAAAUGAAGUCCAGAAAAACUACCAGUUAUCGCAAAUCUCACCAAAGGAUGUAAACACUAACAAGGAAUCUGAAAAGCAGAGACAUGAAAUGUCACCAACUAAGUUGAUGUCCGGUCAUUUGACAGCAGCAGUCAAGAAAGAAAACUCCACUCCCCAUAAUCCACCAGCAAUCCUUAAUGAAAAACAAACAAUUCAGCAUGAUCAGAAAGAAAAUAUGUAUGGACUUCAGUAUACUUGUUCUGAAAAAGCUAUGAAUAAACCUGCUGAUCAAACCAAAAAAGACGUGCCAGAUAUCACCUAUUCCAGUGUUACCCAGAACAAUGAACACAUUAAAACAUACAAUGAUCAUCCCAAGAAUGGAUCUCCACCAUCAAUGGAAAAACAACCUCUUCAUUUUGAAGAUAAUCAGAAAGCAGUAUUGGAACAGAAGGGCGAGAACAUAAAACAUAAACAUUUGGCAAUAGAAAGGCAAAAUUACAAACAUCCAGCAGAUGAUAAAGAGAUGAAGAAAGAAAUGUUUACUGCAGAAAGAGCGGCAAAUCUAAAAAAUGAUGUCCAGAAAAACUACCAGCCAUCCCGAAUCUCACCAAAGGAUGUAAACACUAACAAGGUAUCUGAAAAGCAGAGACAUGAAAUGUCACCAAGUGAGUUGAUGUCCGGUCAUUUGACAGCAGCAAUCAAGAAAGAAAACUCCAUUUCCCAUAAUCCACCAGCAAUCCUUAAUGAAAAACAAACAAUUCAGCAUGAUCAGAAAGAAAAUCUGUAUGGACGUCAGCAUACUUCAGGUUCUGAAAAAGCUAUGACUAAACCUGCUGAUCAAACCAAAAAAGACUUACAAGUUACAAGCACGGAGACAACAAAAUCGAACAGCAGUUUGAAGAAAAAUUCUCUCUUGGGAUUGGACAGAAACACAGAGGAACCUAAUGUACAUCAUAAAAGUAAGAUUACUGUGGAGCAGUCUAAAGAUGAACCAAUUAAAAAUAGCUCCGUGAUUACAGCUAGUCAACUGACAUCCUCAUCAAGUGACAUGAAGUUUAAAAAUGGAAUUCCACCUUCUAAACGACUAAUGGAACCUGCCAAAUCAGAGCUCACCUCAAACCUUCAAACAAAUACAUUGAUUGCAGAUGCAGAGAAGCUUUUAAAUAGAACCUACAAACAUAAUUCUGGGGACAGUUCAGAUUCAGAGGCAUCAUCAACAGAAAAUAUGGUCAGAAUCAACUCUGUACCAGCAAAUAAUCCAGCCCCACAAAGAACCUGGGAGCCAGAAACACUGAAACCUUUUAAUAAUGAAAAAAACAUUACAACAAAGGAAAAUGACUUGGCUAAGCAACAAAAUAAUAUUUCACAAGUAAAAGCUGUGGAAACUACCUCUGCAAACCAAAUGAUGGAGAGUCAGUCAAAACCAGGAACAAAUAAACAAUCACUAACACAAAUAGCAUCAGAUAAAGCAAAAGAAAGCUGUCAGCAAGAAGAAUUUCAUCAAGAUGAUAAAAAUACAAAGACUCUGCUCUCAUUUGACAAUAAUGAACUCCCCAGGAGCCAUCAGAGUAUGACAAGAAUAAGAAACGAUUCAGAAGCAGUAAAGAACAGUCAACCCAGAGAGAAAAAAACAGAAAGUGCAAGUCCAAAACAAAAAGAACAAGGAUUUCCAAGACCAUUAGAUAUAUCUCUUGAGAAAAACAAAGAGUUUUUCAAGUCCACAAAAGAGUCUCAAGAAGUUAAUCCGGGCAAUUCCGAACCCCAAAAAGCAGCAGAAGACAAACUACAACCAAAUGUUUUCUCCCAGCAUAAAUUAUUAGUAGAUGAGGGUGCAAAUCAAAAGAACAAUGGACAGCCUGUUUCAACACAGAUUGAAAAAUAUUCAGCAGAUAUAUCAAACAUCACCAUUCUUACACCUAGCAAAAAUGAGCCUGCAGAGGAACCCAUGAUUUACAGUAUCUGCGUGUCAAGAAAAACAGAAGCACCUUCAGAUGAUGAACCUAUGAUCUACAGUAUUUGUGUGUCAAGUAACUCUCAUAUUGAUAAUCAACAAAACACAAGAAAACUAGAUGAAGUGAGUUCUGAUGAAACUAAGAGAUGUGUGAAGGAUAAAAGCUUUCAUAUUAAAAAUGACAAAGCAGAAAAUCUGCAUGAUGACGUUCAGACACAGACUAAAGUGUCUUCAAACAUUGAAGAAAAAGAAGACAAGAUUGGAAAAUGUGAACCGCCUGCAACCACGGAUAAGUCAAGUGUCAUGGGAAGAAUCAGUACAUCAUAUGAGGAUCUCUUAGUUAAAUAUGGGCUUUCAGUAAGAGAUCCGGUUCAUCUCCCAUCAAAACAUAUGCAGGAUGAGAGAGAGAGAAAAGAAAAGGAGGAGACUGGAACUCACCAUUCACAGAAAACAAUAAAACAUGGAAUCAACAAACCUCUGGCAUCCAAAGAGAAAAGCUUAGAUGACACACAAACACAUCUAGAUGACACAAGACAUGCACCCAUUCCACAGGAAUCCAUUACAAGUCAACCUUUAAAAGAGAAUGAGAGCGAAAUCAAACAAGCACAACAGGAUAUCCCUUCAAUAACUUGUUCCAACAACAUGGCUGAAAAGCAACAGAUUACAGGAAACGAUAUACCAAAACUUGUUCAUUCUACAAGAGAUGCCGCCCUAAUGGCAAAAGACUUAGAAAAUGUUGAACAACAAGAUCAAGAUACUCAUAAUAUUGACCCAUCAAUGCAAAGUAGGAGAAAUUAUAUUCAGUCAAAGGAAAAGAAAGUUGAAGAGCAAAUGGGAAACACUGAGAAAACGCAAAGUCUGAGGAUGAAAGGAAACACUAUUGAUGAUGCAUCUAAUUCUAGAAAGUCCCCAAAGAAACCUGAGAAUGCAUUCCUGACUGCUAAACAACCUGCAAUAAUGAGUGAAUCAAGAAGAGCAACAGAUACUGAAGUUGUUAAGGCACCCAUUUCUAACGAAUCCAUGGCAAACAACCAACUCACAGAAAUUACAUUUCCUGGAUGGAUAAAACCUAAAAAGAAGCCUCAAAUGGUGGAAGGUGAAGACAAAAUGUUUAAUCAUACUGAUACAUUUAUGCCGCAAAAGAAUACAUUAAAUGGAAGAGAAACACUUAACUUAAACGUUCAGAAAACUACACAUGAGACAAAACAAGAGGAUUCUAUAAUAGUUAUGAAACAAGGGUCUGUUUCAAACAAAGAUGCCCCAACUCUGCAAAAUAAUGGAAAGGGGGAUUUGAGGGAAAAGAAGGCACAAGAAAAGUUACAAGUUGAAUUUAAAACGAGUAAUGAAGUUACAAACAGGAAGAAGAUGGUUUUAAAAGAUGGCGCUGCCACAGAUGUUAGUAAUUAUAAGGAUAAAGUCAGCAGUAUUGGUGAGGAUGUGUGUAUUGUUGUAAAACAAGACCAGGCCUCUUUUGAAGUCCCAAAAAAUAACUUAGAGGACAUAAACGUGUCUACAGAGGAAGUAUCAUCAAAUAAAGAAUUCAUGGCAAGCCACAAAAACCAACAUGAAGUGAUAAAGAGGGAACAUCUGAAUGGAAAGAAAGCAGCUGUCGUGACUGACCGUGUGAGUGAAAAAGACUUUACAGGGCAAAAGACGUUACCAUUGAAGACCCCUACAGCCCAAAAUGAACCCAAAACUGUGGAUAAAUUGAAAGGUACCAGUGAAACGACACCAAAACUCACAUGUGGUGUUGGAAAAGAAAUCACACCACCUAAGAAAAAUGGUCCAAGUGAAUCAGAAAAGGCCAGUCAAGGACCAGUUUGGAAACAAGAGAUAAAUAUAUAUGAUAAUAAACAACCUACACUGAACAGUGACAAAAGAAAGAAAGAAGACCCUGUAUUGAGUCUGGUUGAACAAAAUAAUGGUGAUUUGAAAGUUAAUGAAAACAGAAACAGUUUCAGAGGGAAGAAAGAAAGAAACGUUGAAGCUACGGAGACAAAACAGGCUGAAUGGACUAAUACAAACCAAUCUCAGCCAGGGAGAAGUUUUGUCCCCGAAACAAAAGGAAGCGCAAGUUAUAGUAAUUCUCAAGAUAAUUCUCAGUUAAAUCAACAGAACACAAAUAAAGAAGGUAUAGUAUCCAAAUCAGAGGCUACACAAAGGAACAACAAGGGGACUAGACCUGAAAUAUCCGCUAUCGCAGACUAUGCUAGAUUGAAAGUUAUCGCUGCUGAAGACGAUACAAAAGAGAAUGAUAUAUUCCCCAAACUAGACUUCUAUGAUCAGUCGGUUUUAAUAAUUCAUAAAGAUUCACAAGUAAAUGUGCCAGAUACAGGGGGAGAGACUAAAAGAGAGAUAAUUUCAGAGGAGAAAUCGCAAUUGAAUAAACAAACAGUAAAAGAGACCUUUUCACAAAAUCACAAUCAAUUGAAUCCCAGCAUGAGUACAGCUCAAGCAAAACCUAUAUCAUUGGUAGCUUCAGGUUCACAAGGUGGAGCCACAUCAAUGGGCACCCAACUGAGGGCUUUACCAAACCACAAGGAAUCAAACACUAAACCAGCUUUCCUGGAGCAUCCAAAUAGAGGAGAAAUACCUAAAUUGUAUCAACCCAAAAAUCCCAAAGGUACAAAUACUGUACCAUUGCAAGCCGAAGGUACAAUAAGCAGAGUAAGACUUACUCAUGACAAAACAACUGAAAAGGGCAAUAUUUCUCAUUCUGGAAGGCAAGAAUCCCUUGCAAACUUGCCUUCGUCUAGCACUGUAAAACUGGCACACAACCAAAUAAAUAUGACAUCAACACCUGGAGAGGAAAUGGAAGAACUACAAUAUUACACAGUAAAUGCUCUUGACACUGAACUAAAGCCAAAGGAAACAAUUGAACCACCUCCUCCAAGUUUCAAAAUGUCUCAAAACAAAGACUCAGAGGAAGAGAAAAAGGAAGAUAGACUGUUUUUGCAAAGUCCAACAGACUAUGGUAAAGUUCAUACGACAGGACCGCGAUCCAACUCUUCUUCUCCAGCGAUGGGGAAACCCAACAUGUUCAGAGUGAAGGAUAAUACCAUGAGAACGUCUUCUGUGACCAAAACCGUCAAACCCCUCUUUCACAGGUCAUUCUCUGAUGACUUCAGGGUUGGCUCACCAAAGGAACACUUGAGCGGUUCAGAGAAAGAAGAUGAAAUUCUCCCAAAACAGUCCGCUAACCCUCCAGUCUUACAUGAACCAGCUAUUGCUGUCCAUCGGCCCCACAAAGUAAAAGAGACAACGCACAACAAUUUCUCCUCAGCAGAAUACACAACAAAACAAUCAAAGAGCCAUCAGAGACGAAGCCAACUUUUUGAUGAAGAAGAAACUCAUUCUGUCAUCAGCACAAUGUCAGAGGAUAUGGACAACUGUACAGCAAGCCUCACAGAAUUGUCUGACAUAAGUUUGGCCUUCAUGCCUAGGAAAGAAACCUACAGAGACAACUACCAAAGGCCUGCAUCUGCCUGCUAUGAACGACCAGAGUCGGCCUGCUAUGAAAGGCCCGAAUCAGCCUGUAGCGAUAUGAGGCCACUGGGUAAACCUCCAACGGUGCCCCCCAAAUCUGAAAAAGCUCUUCGACGAGCACAAAGACUCGCAACGAGGCGUAUGAAAAAGGCAGAUACCCCCAAGAUGCCGCCUGAAAACCAAGAACAGCUAGAGUCCAAAUCAAUCAGAGAUGUCGCCGAAAUGCCCUCUUCACCUUCGGACACACUGUCAACACAUCCAGCGGUACAAGCCUCACCUCCUCUUUCACAGUAUGACAUCCAGCCAAAUUACACCCACCCAACACACAGUGUAGUAGCCCAACCUUUCCCCAUGACUCAAAGAAAGCUUUUGCAAGACCCAAACUCAGGGCAGUACUUUAUGGUGGACGUACCAUUACCGGUUAAGACAAAGACAUUUUAUGACCCAGAAACUGGUAAAUACGUACAGUUGAAUGUCCGUCAGAGGUCUCAAGGUGCUCUAACGCAGUCAGCACCAGUAGAGAUGUUAAACGCUCCCUACAUGCUGUAUCGUGGAUUUCUGCCAAUGGCUGCGUCUUCAUUACCACCCUUGAGGUCAUCGUCCGAAAUGUCAACACCGGCUGGGUUAACAGACGAACAAGAUAUGCUUGAGACAGGUAGCGAACUGUGGAGACAGAAUGUUUAUCCGCAGAAUGUGGAAAACAGCAUUAACACCAAUGAAAGACACACGGAUAUUAUAACUAUCAGUGAAUUAGAGGACUUUGCAAUGGAGAGCACGUGACGAGUAAAGUUGUUUAGAUAUUAGGUAAAUACUGUUUGUUUGUACACAAAUCUAGUUACAUGACUGUAUAUCUAAGCUAUUUAACUGUGACUUUUAAAUAAGUUAAAAAAGUUCUUAAAACUGUUUUUGAUUUGUAUUUAAGGAUUGCUGUUAAACUGUGUUUUGUAGCUAAGGUAAGCGCAAAGAGCCCGGGCAGGGACUCUUUAUUGUCAGAAAAAGUCAAGGGAAGAACUGUGAAGCAUUCCAAUGAGUUAUGUUAAGCUAAAAAUUAUUUUGCAGUGUACUUUUUUAUAAUACAACAAAGACCAGUACAUUCAAGGGAAGUACAUUUCUGAAGUGACUAUAACCCUUUAGUGCUAAAUGCUAUCAUCCUCAGACCCAGCCAGAACCUUCACUGAGCAUUUUAUCAAAAUAAACUUAAAGCUACGUUUAUUUAAUCAGAUUUUCCAGUCGACCCACAAUAUGCAUGAAAAUUGUACACUAUGAAGUUUUGUAGAGAUAAAACGAAAUAGCCUACUUGUGCCAAAAAGUGCCAACUUUUCCCUUGAUGUGCUUUGGCAGGUUGCAUAUUAGUGGUCUGUCUUCUUUACCUUGCCAUGGUUGAUGAUGUAUGACUAUGAAAUGAUUGCCUUAUAAACAACUACUUGCAAUGCCUACUACUUUUACAGUCUUUCAGGAGCUCAUUUCAUCAUCAUUAAAGAAAGAUUU